AUGGCGGACUCUAAACCCCAAAAGAAGCACUUUGACCUCAUCCAGCGGGGGGUCAAAGGGACGAGCGUGUCAGGCAUCCUCACUUUUGUCGGUCUUCGCGGCCUCGACCCCGUGCUGCAAUACAAGCUCAUCGCUGGCGGCUGGGGCGCAUCCAUACUCUCCAAGCUUGGUAUCAACACCCUUUUUACCCUUGGCGCCGCCUCGAAUACAGGCAUCUCCUUUCUCGAUAACCUCAACCUCCCGCUUCCGCACCUCGUCCUCCUUGGCAUGUCUGUUGGUUCUUUCGUCAAGCAGGCUUACUGGCUCAUCAGUCUUUCUGCCGAAGAAUUUGGCCCUUCCGCUGCCCUCACUGUGAGCUUCUACAACACCCUCGUCAACAGCGCCAAUUCUCUUCUUCUACUUGCCGCCUCUACAUCCGUCAUGGCCUCUCCACUCUACUUCCCGGGCACGUCCCUGCCGUAUCAGGUUGUCCUCGGCAGCGCCUUCUUUGGCCUCGGCAUGUACUUCGAGACGGCCUCCGAGAUCCAGCGCAAGAAGUUCAAGGCUAAACCCGAAAACCAGGGCAAGGUUAUCAAGGAAGGGCUCUGGAGCUGGGCACGCCACAUCAACUACGGCGGGUACGCGCUGUGGCGUGGGGGUAACUGCAUGGCUGCGUCCGGGUUCAUUGGUGGUACUAUUAUGGGCGUGUGGCAGGCCGUCGACUUUCUUACGCGAGGAGUGCCGGUGCUGAAUGAUUACUGCUCCAAGCGGUACGGCGAGCAAUGGACACAGUUCAAGAAAGAGGUUAAGUGGGUAUUGAUUCCGGGUAUCUACUAA